UCUCUUGCCAAGGAAAAACCAUAAUUUAUACACCAGAGUAACCAGACCAUGGUCUAUAUAUACACAUUCUAAAAUACACACAUUGUGUGUGUUUUUAUAAAUUGUGUUUCAUUAAUUUUCAGGUGUGGUGGUUUUUGGUAUACAAGAUGAUGAAAGAUGGAGGAGAGAGUUCUAAUUCAAAGCCCCUUGAUGAAAUUUGGGCUAAACUUGUUCCAUUGGAUUUGGGAUAUUCUGAUGUUGAAUUGAAGUUGGAUGAGAUGGUAUUAAGCUCAGUGGUGAAAGGCUCUUCUUCUGAAAAGCAGGAAUGGUGUCAAAUUACAAGAAAUUCAGAUCUAUGUUCAGCUAUGAUUAAAAAUAAGAGUUCUAACAUCAUCCUUGUUGAUGGGACUGUCGUUGAAACUGAAGAGUCUUGCCUAAUUAAAUGUGGAAGUGAAAUUGUACCUGGGCAUGUUGAAGAUGGCUAUCUAAGAUACAUUUUUAGAGUGAUGGCCACUGAGCAAUUUUCUACCAAAAAAUUGAAGAUAAUGCUAGAUGUUGAGCAUGCAAAAUGCAGUAUUUGUCUGAAUAUAUGGCAUGACGUUGUAACUGGUGCUCCAUGCCUUCAUAACUUCUGCAAUGGAUGCUUCUCCGAAUGGCUAAGAAGGUCCAAGGAGAAACAUUCAAGUGUUCUUUGUCCUCAAUGUCGAGCAGUUGUACAAUUUGUUGGAAGAAAUCAUUUUCUCCAUAAUAUUGAGGAGGAUAUACUGCAAAGUGACUCCUCACUGAAGCGCCCUGAUGAAGAACUUGCUAUUCUGGAUUCCUAUGCUGUAAUAAAGUCACCCCUUGUUAUUAACGUCGAAAGAAAGACUAAACGUAAGCGGGAUCUUUUAGCACCUGGUAUAGAAAGUAAUGCUGCUGAACAUCCAUGCCCACAAUGUGACACUCAAUACUCAGGAUUCCAGUGCGACUCGAACACCAUACAUCUGCAAUGUCAUGCAUGUGGUGGGAUGAUGCCUUGUAGGUCCAAUUCAAGUGUACCACAACACUGUACAGGAUGUGACCGAGCUUUUUGUGGGGCCUAUUGGCAUUCAGUAGGAGUCAAUGGAAAUGAUUCUCAUCCAGUAUGCAGCCAAGAGACACUCAAACCGAUUUCUGAACAUACUGCCACAAGAAUCCCGACUUUAGCUCAUGACAGAAAUAGACAUGAACAAGAUAUUACUGAAAGGUGCAUCCAGCAGACAGGUGGCACACUGCAGUCUAUUAUUCGCGAGUGGAUCACAAAGUUGAACAACAGAGAAAUAGAUCGCACAAGGAUGCCUUUAAAGCAUGCUGAGAUGAUCACCUCUGGAACCCAUGUUUGCAAUGAUUGCUAUGACAAGUUAGUCUCAUUCCUUCUGUAUUGGUUCCGGAUUUCGAUACCAAAAUAUCAACUUCCGGCAGAGGCAUCUCAAAGAGAAAAUUGCUGGUAUGGAUAUGCUUGUCGGACACAGCACCAUAGUGAUGAUCAUGCUCGUAAAAGAAACCAUGUUUGCCGUCCAACCAGGGGUAGUCAUAUGUAAAUAAUUUCAGUUUUUCUUUUAAUGUCUGAUUGUGAUGAGAAAUCAUAAACAAUUAUCUUGCAUCUUUGAUUCUAGUGUUCUGUAACAAUUACUAUAAGUUUUAUUGUUGAUUCUGCUGCUAAAUGCAAAAUAAACUUACUGAGUUAUGGUGCGGAAAAGAUAUAAUAAUAUUCAGAACAUACAGGACUUUCAUUACACA